AUCCUAUGUUUCACUAUGUUAGGGCUCGGCUGCACGGUGGAGGUAAGUCAGUUGGGCGAGCAUAUUCGCAGGCCUAUUGGGGUUCUCCUCGCAUUGGUGUGCCAGUUCGUUAUCAUGCCACUGGUGGCGUUCCUGCUGGCAUUGGCCUUCUCCCUUAAUGACGUGGCCGCAAUAGCGGUGCUGCUGUGUGGAUGCUGCCCUGGGGGAAACCUGUCCAAUAUUAUGUCACUGCUCGUCAACGGGGAAAUGAAUCUUAGCAUCAUCAUGACCAUCUCCUCCACGAUUCUGGCAUUAGUACUCAUGCCGCUGUGUCUGUGGAUGUAUAGCCGAGCAUGGAUUAACACUCCUGUGGUUAACCUGAUGCCCUUCGGCGCGAUCAUACUCUGUCUCUGCAGCACGCUCAUUCCCAUUGGCCUCGGAGUAGCACUUCGAUACCGCUAUACACGUAUAGCGGACAUCGUCCUCAAGGUGUCUCUGUGGUCGCUGCUCGUCACACUGGUGAUGCUCUUCAUCAUGACCGGAGCUAUGCUGGGCCCUGAGCUCCUGGCCACCAUCCCUCCGUCCGUCUAUCUGGUGGCUGUCCUGAUGCCUCUUGCUGGCUACGCCGCCGGCUAUGGCUUAGCGACGCUCUUUGAUCUUCCCCCCAACAGCAGGAGGACUGUCUCCUUGGAAACAGGAUGCCAAAAUGUGCAGCUGUGUACGGCAAUUCUGAAGCUGGCAUUCCCUCCUCAGCUCAUGGGUGGAAUGUACAUGUUUCCCCUGCUCUACGCGCUAUUCCAAGCCGCUGAGGCUGGAAUCUUUAUUCUGGUGUACAGGAUGUACAGGAAAGAGGUUCUGCAUAAACAAGAUCUUGCGGAGGACGAUGAUGAAACAAAUAUUACCUACAAAACUCUAAAGGAGGAGGACGUUGGAUUUGACACCGCUUACGGUUCAGUAACUGUGAGCGACCCGAACUCCAUUAGGUUAGAAUCUUGUGGAGGAGGGGUUCCUACACCAGUAUAGUGGGCAGUGGUGAGAAUAAGACUUUAACCAUGGACAGAAGUCUGUGCAAUACGUACUUGACAUCCUGCAUUAUUCAUGACAUCACUGUUGAAAU